UCCAGCAUGUGUAUUUCCUUGAAAGUAGGUUAAAGCAUACUGUAGGCUACACCGGACACGUACUGGGCUCACUCAAACUUCGCGACAAUGCUUAUUAUUAUCACAAAGUUGAGUGGAUCAUUGCAGCAUGCUCAGGAAAGUGGGUUAAUCUACAAAUAACUCGUCUGUGUGUGCACAUGUUUGCUUAGAUCAUGGAUUGGCAUUGACCAUGGCAGGUUAACCCAGAUGAUAAAUAGAUUAAAUGUCUUUAUAUUAUGGCUCCUCAGCAGAUAUGCAGCACAGUAUCUGGACUGAUCAUUACCCUGAGAAAACAUCACAUCAAGCUGAGUGUGACAGUUUUGUAAGGCCUAUCCCUAGCAAAACAGAGAGAAUAAAAGGACUCAACAGCUACAGGACACCAGGAGUGCCUGUUACUUGUGCUAAUCUACCCGUGCGAAGUGUCUGAAAGCCCUGAGGAUCAUCGAGUUAUCUCUGGUCAUGUUAAGAAAAAUGCUCAAGUGGAUGAUUUCUACACUCAUGGGACUGACCAGAGAUCUACCUGCCCAGGUUGUGUCUCUACAGUGGUGAAGAAAAUGUAUGAGUCCUCAAGGGGAUCACCAAUCUGAAAUGGGGGUGAUAGCAGCACCCAGCAAAUCCAUAUCUGCCUUUGAACCAGAGACCAACUCUGGAAAAGAUGCUGAGGCAGUCCAUCCCCGACCAUCAUACUCUCGAUCGAGCUCUGGUUCCAAAGAAAGGCCCAGCAACAAUGGAUGGGGUAACUGGGUACAAGAGAGGUGCAAAAUGGAACAUUGCUACCUACAGAAGAGAUGAAGAGGCCCCAAAUCUUAAAUUAACCGUGGCUCAAAGUCAGGAGUUGAAAGGCCUCCCACUUCCCGUUACCCAGCGACUUCCUGUUACCCAGUGUGUGAGUGAACUUGCAGCUCGUCAACAAAUUAAAAUGACCUUUUACAGAAGAAGAGGGGCUGGGAUGGAGCAUGUGACAUAUACUGUGUUUCUUCAGUUCUUAAUCAUCACUGCACGAAUUCAAGACUCUAAUGGAAGCUGUUCAGCCUGCAAUGACGACGGAUGUGCAAAAGUGCAGACAAUAUAUGGAUCGAAUGACACCAUAGUGUAUCAGAGAAGUAACCCCAUCGAAAACCUCACAAGUUGUUCCACCACCUCUGCACCACCUCCUCAGAGUCAGAGUUGUGUUUUGUGUCUUGCUGAUAUCAGAGAUAUAACCCUCUUUUGCUCAGACAGCUGGGAAGCAGCUGGGCCGCUCGACUGGGAGGUUGAUGGCAUCCGAUUGAAAAACAUCUUUAUGGUUGACUGCCCAGCCAUGAAGACUGAUCGUGUAACAGGCUCCACCAUGGCCAUCUCUGUCCAGUGUCCUGUCAAGAGGUACGUGGUCAUCCUGUUCCAGCCGGUCACGCUCACCUGCAACUUCCAGACAUCUUCCACGCAGCCGCCCGUCAUCACUUGGAGGUACAAGUCCUACUGCAGGGACCCCAUCCAGGCAGCCCUGAACCCCAGCAGCGCUGACAACAUCCUGUCCCAGAACAACCCUAACUACAACGCCAACAUUGAGUGUGCCGACAACAUGCGGACAGUGCGCAUCGUGGCCUCCAAGCAGGGCAGUGCUGUCACUCUGGGCGAGGAGUACCAGGGGCGAAAAGUCAGCAUCUUGAACAACGCAGACCUGAACCUUGCCCAGACGGCGUGGGGAGACAGCGGCGUGUACGUGUGCUCUGUGGUGUCUUCUCAGGACCUGACAGGGAACAGCGAGGACUACACUGAGCUCAUAGUGCUGGACUGGUUGUUGGUAGUACUGGUAGUGUUUGGCUUCCUGCUGCUGUUGCUCCUCAUAGCAAUCUGUUGGUGCCAGUGCUGCCCCCACACCUGCUGCUGCUACAUCCGCUGCCCCUGCUGCCCAGAGAAAUGCUGCUGCCCUCGGGCAUUGUACGAAGCAGGCAAGGCGGUGAAGUCAGGCAUCCCCAGCAACUACGCCCCCACGCUCUACGCUCCCAGCAUGUACGCCCAGCCACCCUACGGAGGGGUCCUGCAACAGCCCGGCAUACCCAUGCUGCCCUUACCCCAGGGAAUGGGCGGCCCCCCACUACACCCCAACGGCUACGGACGGGACUACGACGGAGCCAGCUCGGUUGGACAUGGCUCCCAGGUGCCUUUGCUGCAUGACCAGGACAGUGGCGCAGGAGACCAAACUCGGAGUGGCUACCGUAUCCAGGUGGACCCAGAUGGGAAUGCAACGCGGGCCAUCUACUACAUGGAGAGACAGCUAGCCAACCUGGACCCCACCCGGUCUGGUGACGCCGCUGGGAAUUACAACCGCUGUGAUGGAUGGGGGAUGAGCGAGGAGGUGAGCUCCUUACACGAUGACCCACGGGGCCGUGGCGGUGGACGCUCCCAGGCCCCGCCCCUCGCCACCGUGUACGACCAGGACGAGGCCAUGAGCACCAUCAGCAGCGUGUCCAUGCACGGCCAGCGGGGGCGUGACGACUACCCGCGGCGAGGAGGUGGGCCCUCCCCCCACCUGGGGGCCCACGGGCGUGCCCGCUCCAUGGACAACCUUGAUGACAUCGCCCGCCGAGACCGCUACCCCAGAGACCCCCGGGAUCCCCGCGACGACUACCCUCCCCACCGCCACGACGGAGGACGAGCCAGAGAAAGGAGAGGCUCGGAUGAUGACUUUAGCAGCCGCGGUGGCUAUGACCGCGGCCGUGACUUUGACAACCGCAGACGGCGUGAGCCCUCCCCUGACGACCGUCGCCGCGGAGGCAGCCCGGUCAGUGGUCUCCAGGGGAGACGCAGCCGUAGCCGUGACGACCUGAUGGACAUCGAACGUGAUCGGGAGCGCGGUGGCGGCCGUGGUGGUGGGCGGGAUGCCUACGAUGAUAGCUUUCUGCGGGAAGCCAUGGAGAAGAAGCGUCUAGGUGAGCAGCAGAGGGCGAGGAGCCGCGAGCGCCUGGACAGCAACAGCGAACGCUCGGACCGAGGCAGGGCCCCCCGCGGACCCCCUCCACUACCCAUGUCCCCGCCUUCCAACUACCCCGACCGUCGCUACGACGACAACUACCCAGCCCCUCACCCGCCUCCCUACAUUAGCGAUGACGAGAGCUUGACGUCCUCCAAGAAGAGCAACCUACGCAAGAAUGGAGCCGUGAGUCGGGAGAGCCUGGUGGUGUGAGACGUUCAGUAUCCCCCAGCGUAACUGAUCUGUCCCGUAGCACAAUUACUAGUCGUCUAUGUCAAUAGUACUAAUGUUGCAAACUUGAUACCGUGAUUUUAUUUUCAAUAUCUAAACUCAGAUAUCAAAAUUUGAUGCUGGAUAUUUAUGUACAAAUGACCUUAUUGGGGGUAAUUUAGUAAUUGUGUGCUUCAUAUUUACUGAAAACAUUGUCAGCCUUAUGUCCUCUCAAUUAUUUUUAAUGUACAGAAUAGCUCUAACUGAAGCACUAAGUGUAGUGUGUGGUUGAACAUACCAAGGCUUAAUUAAAGUAGCCUACACUGGAAUUGCAAUAGCCAAAGUAAACCAAAAAUGGUUUUCAUUCACUCUUUUUAACCAUUCAUUUUCACCUUACAGUCAUCUUACAGUCAAUGUGAGUAACCCGGAGCUUUAAGAUUGUAAAGCAAGUAUUAAUUUGAACUUUUAAUGAUUUACUGUGAGAAGUCAUGGAUUUUUAAAAUGAAAAUUAGAUCAUGCUGUACAUUUUAAAAUGGAAUAGAUUUUAUUAGGGCGGGAGGUAGCCUUGCGGUUAAGAGCGUUGGGCCACUAACCGAAAGGUCGCUGGUUCAAAUCGCCGAGCCAACUAAGUAAAAAAUCUGCCGAUGUGCCCUUGAGCAAGGCACUUAACCCUAAUUGCUCUGGAUAAGAGCCUCUACUAAAUGACUAAAAUCAAAUAAUAGCCAUGUUAUUUUUACAUUGUUUAUCAUCGUAUUUAGAGUUUUGGAUUAGUUUUAACUGUCUGUCCAGCAAUGAUAUUUGUCAUGAAUAAUGUCAGCCAUAGGCAGAUUAUAUUUGUUCAUUUUAAACAUUUUUUUUAUUAUUGCUAUGAAAAAUGUACUUACUGCAUUGUUGUACAGUCUACUUGUCAUACCCACUGUCCGUACUGUGUUGACUGAUUUACAACACGCGUAAAUUUACAAUAAAGCUUUUUCAAAAUG